AUGAACAUUACUAGUGAUGCGUAUUAUACACCAGAGUACCUAUAUCAAAAAAAACGACAGUUGGAACAAAGCUUACGUUACCAGACCGAUCAGCGCUACUAUGCUUCCACCCCAAGAGAGUAUAUGAGCGUUAGUACGAGACACACCAAGGAGAUGAGAAGUGCUAGUGCUAGUGCUAGUUCUAGUGCUACACCCCUGAAAAAACCGGUAAUGAAAAAUAUCCGGCCCAAAGUUGUACCCGCAACAACUCCAUCCCCAUUGAAUUUGGUGCGAAAUGGAGAUGAGGUGGAGAUCGAGUAUGAAUGUGAUUCAGACGAUCAAUUACGGGAAGAGCUUACACCUGCUCAAUUGACUGCUAUGCAGAAUAAAUUUAUAAAGCGUCAUUGUCGCGAGCAACGACGUAUAUCGCGAUCACGAUAUGACGAUCAUUUCCCUUAUGAUAGUUUUGAGAGACAAGUACAACUGCCACAACAAUCUUUAUCACGGAGGAAAGUGAACCAAAAUAACGACUAUUAUUUGAAACAGAAACAAAGGUUCGAUGUGGCAGAUACUUCAUUGAAACCUAAAUUAUAUACACAUAAAACAUUCAGAGAGGUUUUUGAAGAUAAGACAGAGAACAAGAGUAGGUAUAAUCCAAUGGAUAUAGUAUUUGACAAGAAGGAAGGUGAAUAUAGUAGUAGCGAUGGCAGUAAGAAAAGACUUUUGAGUGGUGUCAAAUUCAUGAAGGACAAGUACAAUGAUUAUGACUAUUAUGAGAACAGAAUUCGAAAAAGUGAGAGUAAUGGAGCAAUGAAGAACAACUCUGUGCUGCUGCCGGUUAGUGGUGGUGACCACAAACAGAGUCCAAGUGGAGCGAAAAAUACUAACAUAGAGAAACAGAGUCCAAGUGGAGCGAAAAAUACUAUCAUAGAGAAACAGAGUCCGAGUGGAGCGAAAAAGACUAUCAUUGAUGGUGGUAAUAAAGAAGGCAAAAGUAAAGGUGAAAGCAUAUUUGUAUCUGGUGAUGAUGAGGAGCCGAAUACCAAAAUAAAUCAGGCGAGACUUAAACAAUUGUUAAAGAAAAAAUUGAAACAAGCGAGUAAAGAACUAGGUCGAGAUUUUGACUCUUAUAUUGAUGAGGCUAAGAAGCAGAAAAUUGUUGACAAAAUUGUUGAAAAAUUAGUUGAGGGAGAGGUCAAGGAGGAAGAGAAACCAAGCGUAAAGCCAAAGAAGGAAGAAGGGGAGACGAAGAAAAAGGAGGAAAAAAAGGCGGAGAAGGAGGAGAAGGUCGAUGUUGAGGUUGAGGUUGUUGAAGAAAAAACGAAUAAAUGUGAACCGACUUCCUUAUUAGUUCCUUGUGUCAAUUAUAUCAAGUCAUGGUUUCCAGUUGGAAAACAAGAUGAGAAGGAGGUGACAAUACCAAUAGAUAAGCCCGAUGUACAAUCUAAACAAGCAUCAUCCACUUCAAAAGAGUUAGUACCUAUCAAAGCAGCUAGUCCUAAGACCGCCACAGCACCAGCACCAACUCCUCCUCCUCCUCCUCCUCUGACAACACCAGCUGCUCCUCCUGAUAAUGCACAGCUACUAAAGAACCCUAGAAUAAAGAAAUUCACUAGAGGAUCAAAGUUAAUAUUUGCAAAUUGGAAUGAACCAGCAAUCAAAAUGUUUAAUGGUAACUUGGCCGUUCCACAAAAGAACAGUAAACCAUCAUUACUACCACCACCAGAAAGCACAUCCAUUUCGCAUAUAGUAGAAGACACCCCAACGGAAUUCAUAAUUGAGUUAGAUUCAGAAAAUGAAGAAAUUGAAUCCAUGUCUGAAGAGCUCUACUAUAACCCUACAACAAAGCAACUCGAAACACAACCACCACCAUCAUCAUCAGCUAGUUCUCAUCAUACUUUAGCCAUUGAAGGAGCACCUUCUUCUCAGGAACAAUUAUACAAUUUAAUAGACACACAAAAACCAAUAGAAGUAAUCAGUAAUCUAAUAACCAUGCUCAAAAAAUUUCAAAUUAUGAGAAUCAUUUUUUCACCAAUUGAUGUCUUUGGAGAUUUUUUUCCCAAUUUGCAAAUGGUAGUUCUAAUAGUGGAGCUUCUAUUAUUUAUGUGGAUUUUAUUUGAAUUGAGUCGAUUGAUCGAUGCAUUAUGUAUAAUGAUUAAAGCCAUUUGUGCACCAAUGAUUGCUGUUGGAAGAUUUAUGAAUAAGAUUAUGUGA